AUGGGCAAAUUUAAUCUGCUUCUUCUGGCUGGCGUGGCCGCAAAAUUGGCUGCCGCGAAAGAUGUAUACCUCAAUUGGAACGUGACAUGGGUCAAUGCGGCGCCGGAUGGGUUUGAGCGCCCUGUAAUUGGUAUUAACAACCAAUGGCCCUGCCCCCAGGUCGACGUGGAGCUGGGCGAUCGAGUCAUUGUCGAUGUAUACAAUGGUCUCGGGAACCAGUCUACUGGCAUUCACUGGCACGGGUUUCAUCAAUACCACACUGGCAUUAUGGAUGGUGAUAGCUCGGUGACCCAGUGCCCACUUCCGCCAGGACACCACAUGCAGUAUCAUUUUGAGGCCAACCAAACUGGAACGUACUGGUAUCAUUCUCAUAAUAUGGGCCAGUACCCCGAUGGUUUUCGUGGAGCAUUCAUUGUUCAUGAUCCCAAGCCGCCAUUCCAUUACGAUGAUGAGUUCACAAUCACUCUCAGCGAUUGGUAUCACCGAGAGAUGGCCGACUUGCUCCAUGAAUACCAGUCUCAAGAGAACAUGGCUGCCUUUGGCGGCCACGAGCCUGUUCCCAACUCCGCGCUGAUCAAUGACUCGAACAAGAGUAAAAUCAAAGUCUUGCCCAACAAGACUUACCUUGUUCACAUUGUCUGCAUGGGAAAUUGGCCCGGUCAUACUUGGGUCUUUGACGGACAUGAGAUGACCGUUGUUGAAGUCGAUGGAGUGUAUAUUGAACCGUACGCUGUGGGCAAAAAGAUGCUUCGUGUGGCUACCGGGCAGAGGAUGGGCGUAUUGAUCCACACAAAGCCUGAUACAACCAAGAAUUUUGCCAUUUGGGAUACCAUGGAUAUCAACAUGAUGUUUAUCUACGAGAAUCGCCCUAUUCCAGCUAACUACAAUCCCAACGUGACUGCUUGGCUUGUGUACGAUGAGGCUAAAGCCCUUCCUCCGCCACCCGUCCUCACCGAAUUUGACUUUGCGGACGAUCUCGCAUUUGUUCCUCUUGACCGUCAGGCUCUGCUACAGCCGGUGAACCACCAGAUCAUCCUUGAUACUUUUGACACCGAGAUCAAUGGGAUCAUGCGCUUCACUGUUAAUAACAAGACCUAUCUGCCCCAGAAGGUUCCCACGUUGUACACUGCCAAUACCAUUGGCAAGGACCUUGCUUCUAACCCCGAGGUAUAUGGACAGGUCAACCCAUUUGUUGUUAAGUACGGCGAGGUUGUUGAGAUCGUGAUUAACAAUCAUCACAACAACCUGCACCCUUGGCAUUUGCAUGGUCACCAAUUUCAAGUCCUCCAGCGCUCUGACGUCAAUGGUGGCUUCUUCACCGGUGCCUACUAUCAGAAUGUUUCCCAAACUCCUGUUCGUCGCGACACGAUUAUGGUGCAGAACAACGGCCAUGUUGUUCUGCGGUUUCGCGCCGAUAAUCCUGGUGUCUGGCUUCUCCACUGUCAUAUCGAAUGGCAUGUCGAAGCUGGUCUGAUGGCCACCAUAAUCGAGGCACCAGAGACUUUCCCCCAGUCUGAGGCUGCUCCUCCUCAGAGUCACUAUGAUGCUUGCGCCGCUUAUCCCGACCCUACUAAUGGUAAUGCUGCUGGUAAACAUGGCCUGGACAUGACUGGAGCGAAUACGGAGGUUUCUAUCGACAAUCAUGGCGCUAUGUACGAAUCGAAACCUGUUCAAUCUGCUCCUCCGGCGCCUGCUUCUACUCCAAAGCAGCCCGAGACUUCGUCAGCACCACCUUCACCUCCUGCUCCCCAAACAACCACUUCCGCUUCGCCUCCGGAGCAGCCUCCUGUACCGAAGCCCACCCACACCCAUCAGCCUCCGCCCCACCAGGCACCUGCUCCUGAAGCACCGGCUCCCCAGCCACCGAAGUCUGGUCAGUCGGCUCCUAAGCCCCAAUCGCCUAAGCCUGUAGCACCAGCUCCUGAACAGCCUGCGCAACAGGCACCGACUCCUCAACAGCCUGCUCCACAGGCGCCGGCUGCUCAGGAGCCAGCGCCCCAGCCUGUUCCUGAUGUGACUCCUGAGUAUCCUGCCCCUCAACCGGUUGAAAUCGUCCCAGUUUAUCCUGUCCCUGUGGCCCCGCCACCACAUGACCAGCCCAUCUAUGUUCAUGAGCAUGAUAGCAAUGGCCCGUGGCCUCACCCUCACACCGACAAGGGCCAUGCACAAGUUGGCGAUGGGCCUCAUGCGGCAUUCGCCGACUCACAGGAUACCAAAGGCCUGUGGCCUCAUCCUCAUGAGAACAAGGGUCAUGCACAAGUCGGCCAGGGGCCAGCGGCCGACUUUGCUCACUCUGAAGAUAGCAACGGCCCGUGGCCGCGCCCUCACACCGACAAGUCCGAUGCUCAGAUCGGUGAUGGACCUAACAAUCAGCCCAUCAUUGCUCACACUGAGGAUACCAAGGGCCCGUGGCCCAACCCACACAAUAAUAACGGCUAUGUUAAGGAGGGUGGUCAUAUAAUUAAGAAUCCUGAUGACGGACCUCACGACCUCCCGAAGGACUACCAGUACUGGGAGCAGUAUGAGCAUCAGCAGUAA